AGCUUGCCGCGUUCAGUCGUUGGCCACGGUGGCAACGGCUUCUGCCCUAACAUGGAUUUCAAGCGGGUGCCGAGCUGGGCGAAAGCAAGCCAGUCGGUGGAAUGCCUGUCCAAUGUCGUUGAGCUCAGCAACGGCUUCAACGCGAAGCACGUCCACGUGCGAAAGCUCCAGAUUAUCAAGUCUAAAGACAGGGGCCUGCCAACAGAAUGGAGAUCCAAAUUCAGCGCCAUGUUCGACAAUUUUGUCGUGGACGCGCGGCCAAGCUCGCCCGCGCAAGCAGCCGUGGAGGACGUCGCCAACGUCGCGCUCGAGGACGACUCGGACUCGGGUGAUGCGGUGCUCCUGGGCGACUACGACGCCGGUAGAGACGUGCUCUUCAUGUCCAACGGCCCAAAGUUGAACGGCUUAUUGUCGGGCUUCGAGGCGCGCAUGCGCGCGGCGAGCAAACGGCCGGACCCCGAGUUCCACGCGGUGCUGAAGCCUGAGCCCUCGAAGACUCCGACCUCCACGUCUACGCGCGGGACAGCUACGCGCGCGACGCUUGAGGGCAUGGAGGCCCCGGGCGCAGGCGCCGAGGACAACGGUCUCAGCCCCUCCGCGCGAGAGGAGUUCAACGCGCCCCUGAAGGGGGAGGCAAGGGGGAAGGCAAAGGAGAAGAAACAGGCGAAGCCAAAGAAGGCAAUCUCGGUGAAGGCGAUCGCCAAGUGCAAGGGGCCCAAACCUAUGGGCGAUUCCGUUCGAGCCCGCAUCAGGAGGGAACGCAGCAAAGCAUGCCAUGGCGAGCGCGGGAAGUUGGAGGCGGCUGGCGCGCCCGCGUCUGCAGCCAUGCGCGCGCGGCAUGCUGAUGGGGCGCCGGCGCUCUAG